AAUUUAGGUUAUGUUUAUCAUUUUCACAUUGUUGGAAUAAUAUAGUAUUUGUAUUCAAUAAUCAAUUAAAUAAUGAUGGAAGUGGACGCUGCACAAUAUUUCUCAAGCUACGAAGAUUUGGAUGUCCACAAGUUAAUGCUCGAAGAUGAACCGAGAACCUUAGCAUAUAGGAAUGCAAUUUUAAACAACAAAGAAUAUUUUAAAGACAAAGUUGUUAUGGAUGUUGGUUGUGGCACUGGAAUUUUAUCAAUAUUCUGUGCACAGGCUGGCGCGAAAAAAGUAUUUGCUGUCGAAGCUAGCAAUCUAGCAAACUUAGCUAAGGAAAUAGUGAAGGAAAACAAUUUUGAAAAUGUUAUUGAAGUAAUCCACAGCAGAGUAGAAGAUGUUACAUUACCAAAUUAUAUGAAGGUGGAUGCUAUAGUAUCAGAGUGGAUGGGCUUCUACCUGCUGCAUGAGGGCAUGCUGGACUCAGUACUGUAUGCAAGAGACAGGUUCCUCAAGGAUGGAGGGGAAAUAUUCCCUGAGAGUGCUGCCAUUUAUAUAGCUCCAUGUAGUGUUCCCUCAAUGUAUAACCAAUGGGACAAUGUAUAUGGAGUAUCAAUGAAGUCCUUCUCCAGAGAGCUUCGAACUAGCAAGGGUAGUAAACCAGAAAUUCUGACGAUAAAACCUGAAGACCUGCUGGGGACUGAAGAGGCACUUUGUUGGAUUAAUUUGAGAGAUGAUGAGUCACAUGAUUUAAAUUCUUACAGCAUACAACAUGUUGUAGGUGCAAGCAAAAAUGGUUUCUACCAAGGCCUCUGCCUAUGGUUCGAGUGUAACUUCCCCGAACUUCCAAAUAGUACAGGAGACAGUCGCACGGUUCUGGACACAAGUCCAAAAAGCCCGCCAACUCACUGGAAACAAACAGUCAUAGUGUUGCCAGACCAGCUUGAGGUAGAGGAAGGUGAACCUAUAGCGUUCCAGUUGGAAAUGACUAGAGCUGAUGCUACAAGUAGAAGAUACAACCUCCUAAUGACAAUGUUGGAUCCCGAAACCAUAGAGCACCCCCUUCCCUGUUCCUGCCAUAUGACCACAUGCAUAUUAGCUAAAACCUUCAUGAUGCAACAAGCUGAACACGCCAUCGCUAAAAAGAAUGAAGAAGACGCCGCCGUUUUAGUUGAUGAAGAGAUUAACGAUGAUGAUGAUGAUUAAAGAAAAAC